AUGAACUCAGACAAGAACACUGUUGAGAUUGUCUCCGAAGACCUGGCUCACAAGCCACACCCAAUAACCUCGGUGUUGAGUGCGCAGAGUAACAUAUUUGCAGAUGAGAACCAAGACAUCACUCUCGGAUUUAUAAGGGAGUACGAGAAAAAUGGACUUUCGUCGCUGGCUAACGUGGAUCUGAAUGCCAUCACAAGAAAAAUUGACAAGCAGAUGAUGUUGAUCAUGUUUCUGUGUUACACCUGUCAAUUUAUCGACAAAGUCGCUUUAAAUUACGCCAAUAUUAUGGGUUUGAGAAAAGACCUCGGCCUCGUCGGUAACCAGUUUUCCGACCUUGCAACGUAUUUUUUCGUUGGUUUCCUUAUUUUUGAGCCAAUACAGGGCUUCUUCAUCCAGAAAAUCUCUCCUACAAGAGUUUUGGCCGUCAACGUCAUGAUAUGGGGUGUGCUUUGCAUGUGCAGCAGCGCGACGUCUAAUUUUGCUGGUAUGAUUACCGUGAGAGUUCUUUUGGGCUGCUCGGAAGCCGCCAUUGCACCUUGCUUGGUUCUUAUCACCGCGUCCUGGUACACCAGGGGUCAGGCAGCUUUCAGAACGGGAAUCUGGUACUGUGGUUUGGGAGCUGGUCAAAUUAUCGGAGGACUUAUUUCUUUUAUUUUCCAACAGAUCUCCACUUUGGCACCGUUCAAAGGGUGGAAAAUUAUGUUCCUUGUGAUCGGUUUCGGCAAUCUUCUGGUGGGAUUCGCCGCCUACUUCUACCUGCCUGUCAACCCUGUCGAAUGCAAAUUUUUAACUCAAGACGAAAAAUAUGCUCUGCUCAUAAAACUCAGCGAAACGAAAAUUGGUGUGCAGAGCAAGAAGUUUGUGAAAUCGCAGGUCUGGGAAGCUCUAAAUGACAUCACGCUGUACCUGUUCUUCAUUAUCGCUUGCACCAUUUCGUUUUCUUCCAACACUAUCACAACGUUUUCUUCGGUUGACAUUCUUUCGUUUGGAUUCACCUCAAAACAGGCUGCGCUUUUGAACAUGCCGUCAGGAGUCGUCUCGAUCGCCUCUACGCUCCUCUCAACUUUCUUCAUUAUGAAAGGAUUUCCUAGAGGACUGUCGAUCAUGAUUCUCUGUGUCCCUGCAGUUUGCGGAGGUGCCCUGCUUUCCUUCUUGCCAAAAUCCAACCAAGCUGGACUUCUUGUUGGAAUAUACAUGAUCAACACCAUUGUUGCUCCAUUGGCGAUCAUAUAUGCGUGGGUUGGUAACUGUGUUGCCGGACAUACAAAGAAGAUUUGCUUCAAUGUUGCCGUCAUGUUUGGUUUUGGCCUAGCUAAUAUUCUAGGACCACAGUCGUACAGAGCAGACGACUAUCCGGACUACAUUCCGGCAAAAGUCAGCAUGCUUGCAACGCAAGCUGCUACCAUAGUGAUCGCCGCCCUGAUCAACCUAGUCUACUUUUUGAGAAACAAGAGAAGAAGUAAAGAGCCGAAAAGAGCCAUGGAUGAGGAUGUCGCAGCCGCUUACCUCAACAAAACCGACUUUGAGAAUCGUUCUUUUAGAUACUUAUAUUGA